GACGAAAAGAGCUGGUGAACCAAACUUGGUAGAUAUGUUCACAUUUUGCUCCCCUCUCAAUUCAAACAACCCCACUGACCCACUCUCAGAGUCUCAGCCCCCUCAAAACAAAACAAGACUUUUAAAAUUUUGAUUUAUUUUUAGUUUGGCGGUCGGUGCCGCGCAUCAGUUUGUCAGUUUCCCCGGCGACCUUCUCCGGUGACGGUAUCACUCCCCUAAAUAUAAUUCCAGCAUAUGCAAUUGGCAAUCUAUUGGCUGCAUUUGCAAUCCCACUUUGCUUGUGAAUUGAAGCACUUGACUCUAAUUAAGCAACAAUGCAAGCUUCUCUAAUAACACCGUAUUCAAGCUUAAACCUUUCAACCCCAAAUGUCUCAAAAAGGGUAGUCAUUCCUGUAAGAUGUCUUUCUGUAAGAGCAUCGUCUGUACCUUCGACCCCGACUACUCAAAGACCGCCUUCUGAGAUGUCCGAUUCCUCACUUAAGCUCAACAAGUACAGCUCUCGCAUUACUGAACCUAAGUCUCAAGGUGCUUCACAAGCUGUUCUGUAUGGAAUUGGACUUUCCGAUGAUGACAUGCAGAAACCCCAGAUUGGUAUUUCAUCAGUUUGGUAUGAGGGUAACACUUGUAAUAUGCAUCUAUUAAGCUUGGCAGAAGCUGUAAAAGAAGGAGUUACGGAUGCUGGAUUGAUUGGGUUUAGGUUCAAUACUGUUGGUGUUAGUGAUGCCAUUUCAAUGGGUACAAGUGGGAUGCGUUACAGUUUGCAGUCUCGAGAUCUGAUUGCUGACAGUAUUGAGACUGUUAUGUCUGCUCAAUGGUAUGAUGGCAACAUCUCCGUUCCUGGGUGUGAUAAAAAUAUGCCAGGUACUAUCAUGGCUAUGGGGCGUCUCAAUAGGCCAAGUAUCAUGAUAUACGGCGGUACUAUCAAGCCUGCUCAUUUUCAAGGACGUACCUUUGAUAUUGCAAAAGCUUUAGAGUGUUAUGGGGAGUAUGUUAGCGGAGCUAUUACUGACGAACAGAGAAUGGAUGUUGUCCGAAAUGCCUGUCCUGGAGCAGGGGCAUGUGGUGGAAUGUAUACAGCCAAUACCAUGGCAUCUGCUAUUGAGACAAUGGGAAUGACUCUUCCGUACAGUUCUUCAACACCAGCCGAAGACCCUCUAAAGUUGGAUGAAUGCCGUCUUGCUGGAAAAUAUAUCCUUGAUUUACUGAAGAUGGACUUAAGACCACGAGACAUAAUAACCGAGAAUUCUCUGCGCAAUGCAAUGGUUAUGGUUAUGGCCCUAGGUGGGUCUACAAAUGCUGUACUCCAUCUGAUUGCCAUUGCUAGGUCUGUUGGUCUAGAUUUGACUCUCAAUGACUUUCAGAAGGUUAGUGAUAAGAUUCCACUGCUUGCCGAUCUUAAGCCGAGUGGUAAAUAUGUCAUGGAAGAUUUACACAAGAUUGGUGGUACUCCUGCAGUGAUUCGCCACCUUCUUGAACUGGGAUACUUGGAUGGGGAUUGCAUUACUGUUACGGGGAAAACACUGGCCGAGAAUGCCAAGCUCUUCCCAGCCCUGGCUGAAGGUCAGCAAAUAAUACGGUCCCAGUCAAACCCCAUCAAGCAAACAGGACAUAUCCAGAUAUUGUAUGGUAACCUUGCUCCAGAGGGUUCUGUAGCAAAAAUUACUGGAAAAGAAGGAUUGUAUUUCUCUGGUCCGGCAUUUGUUUUUGAUGGAGAAGAAGCUAUGGUUGCUGCCAUUUCAGAGGACCCUCAAAGCUUUAAGGGAAAGGUUGUCGUUAUUAGGGGCGAGGGGCCUAAAGGCGGACCAGGCAUGCCUGAAAUGUUGACACCAACUAGUGCAAUAGUUGGAGCUGGCCUCGGAAAAGAUGUGGCUCUGUUAACAGAUGGAAGAUUCUCAGGAGCUUCACACGGGUUUGUUGUUGGUCAUGUGUGUCCAGAAGCACAGGAGGGUGGACCAAUCGCUUUCAUUAAAAAUGGAGAUAUUAUUACAAUUGAUGUUCUAAAGAGGGGAAUGGAUGUUCAUUUAACAGGAGAGGAGAUCAGAGAGCGAAGGGAGAAAUGGAGUCCACCUCCUUUCAAGGCAAAUAAAGGAGUCUUGUACAAGUACAUCAAGAAUGUCCAGUCAGCUUCCAGGGGUUGCGUAACUGAUGAAUAGAAUAGCAGCAUGGAAUCGAGUUGUGGAAACUGCAUGCAUCGAAUACUCUUCGAGAACUACUGUAAGUUUUACGGUUUCCUUUGUUGUAUGUUGUCAUAUGUACGAUUAUAUAUUGAUAAGAUAUGCCCAUGAAAAAAAUAAAAUGAAGGUAGAAGCAAAUGGCUUCCCUGUAUAUAAGUAGUAAGUGUCACGUACGUGUUGCUCCGUAUGUAUGUAGUAUUGAAUAAUAUUGUUGUAUAUCCAAAUAUUUUUAAGUUUGAGGGCCUCAAUAUUUUACAAAAAAAUCAAAA